GCACCAAUUCGCCGCUUCUUGUUUACCAUAACAACUGGCGACGCUUUCUCCUGAUUGGCUGCAGCUACAUCCUGUCUUCCCAGGCUUCUGCCAUUCAGAUGCUAUUUUGAACACUUCCUUCGUGGAUUAACGGGAACGUCUUUAGAAAAGGAGUAAGUCAAUAAUAAGAUAGUUGGCUGGCUCAUCCAGUGAGGGGAAACGUUAGCCAUAGUCAAGUGCGGAUAGCAGCGGUGUGUCAACGCUAACAUGAAGCGUUUCUUCUUUUGCGGGGAAAAAGUCAGUCGGUAUUCCCCAGAGAAGUUCUUCUGUUGAGCCGAGAUGCCCCAAAGAUGGACGCCUGGACACAGUUUUGAUGACUUUGUCUAGUAUGGAUCACAACAUCCCAGAGAUACUGAAAGAUCCUGAUGUAGAGCGAGGCCUGAUUGAGGAGUUUCACUUCCUGUAUGCUAAACAGAGCAUCUGAGUGCAAAUGCAAGCUGAGGGGUUAAUCAGGAGCAGCUUUAACCCCAGUCUGAAGUGGUUAUUCCGGAGUCACAGUCAAGAUCAGGAAGAGAAGAACUUUGUGGUGGCUCACAACCUGGUGUCCCGCUCUUCUGAGCGCCUGCUGCGUCUGCAGCAGGCGCUUCUUUCUGUGGCGCCUCAGUGGCAGCUGGUGGACAGUGUACAGCUGGCAUCCUCUCAGGCCUGUUUUAAAGGAAUGCCAGAUGAAGCUGGGGUUCUUCUCCUGCCCUCCUCAUCCUCCCUGCAGGGUAAAUACAGAGCUCAGUGGAGACUCCUGGAGCAGCGAUCCCUGCUGAUUUUUAUACACGAGUACACGAGGAGGGCUCGCCUAGCAGCGGUUUACAUAUCCAGUGUGAGCAGACUGUUGGAACAUCAGCUGAAGAAAUCACACCUCGCACCUCAGCAGACCCCAUCAACUUGGUCUUCAUGCAGGCUCAAUCUGGGUUCACUGAGUCAAGAACUCAGGGUUCAUCUCACUCACUGGUCUUGCCUGUUUUCCAAAGUCCAGUCUGACGACUUCUUGAGACGUGCUGUUGGUCAACAUACCAGGCUACUUGUAAAAAUCAAGGAAUCUCUGGACUUACUUGGUCUGCAGGCUCUGGUUUUGAUGGAACACUAUGUCCAAGCGAUCCUGUCUUCUGUAUUCCAGACUGACUUAGACUCUGUACCAAAAGAAGUCUUGGAGGAUAUUUUAACAGGAACUUAUCAUUAUAACCAUGUUGUUGAUGAGCAGAGAGGCCAGCACAGCGCCUCCAAGCUAAAGACUGCAGUAAUACAGCAGGCACGUUUUUCCACAUUGGAUUCCAGUCUUCCAAGGAUCAAAAGCCAUCACCCUUCCCCUUUCUCAGUCAAAGAGUUAAUGAUGAUUUUAGCAAGCUAUCAUGCAGAAAGUGCAGCCAAGCAGCUGCACUACUGGGCUUCAGAGCCGCCCUGUUACUUCUGUCAGAUCCACAGCAACCAUGAGACUUGCACGUGUGCUCAUAACUCCAAAAGUCUCAGCUGUGGGAUUUCCACAUUCAGAUCUGAGUGGACCUGGGAGCAGCUACAUUAUACAUAUCUAAUUUCCUCUCCUCUUUUCUCCAUAAGUCGUCCCACCCCCCAGAUCUCUUGCCAAAAUACCAGUACAACACCUCCUGUUUACGAUCCGGCCUUGGAAAAUCGUCCCUCUGUUUCAGCCAAUCCCACAGCUACAGAACAUAAAGAAGAGAACUCUAAAAAAGACCAAAGUAACCAGUGUCAAAAAUGCAUGUCCCAUUCUGCUUUUACUCAGACCGGUGUAGAAGCUUUGGACUUGGCUCAACCUGAUCUGGAGAGAAAGACACGUUUAGAAAGCGGUGCACUUCUGCAGACAGCUUCACCUUUGUUAAUGAGCUCCCAACAUCUCCAAGGCAUGCCACCGUCGAGGAUUUACCGACUUCAGCAUUCCUCAGCAGAGCUGCUUUUUCAGGUGUUUGUUUCGUCCAGUGAUCUGCUGGCUCCACUGGUUUCACAUACACCCACACCAGAAAGACUCAAUGAACAGCCGCUUCAAACCCCAGUAACAGACGUGUUAAAUGGGAAGGUUGACUCAACGAUCUUGAGCGCUCGAGUCACAAAUACACCUGAUUCAGUGGAAUUAAAUAGAGAGAGCUCAAAACUGAACAAAGACCAAAAUGUGGAGAGAAUUCAACAGGAAUGGGCUGAACUGGAAAUAACUGUGCCAGAUCCCACCAGCAGAUCAGAGAAGGAGGAGAUGUUUGAAGCAGAGAUGAAGACACUGGAGCCGGACCUUGUUUGCUGGUCUCACUCAGUCCAGUGGUUAGACCUGGGUGAGUCUCUGGUCUUUGCUGAUCUGCUUGAACAGUAUCAUACCCUGCUGAGGGCUUUCUGCAGCAGAGCCCUGUGGCUGCAACUACAAGUCCCUGUAGCAGGACACACUGCAGGAAGCAUCAACCUCCAGGAGCACCACAGGGGUUUCCAGGUCAUCCACCGGCUCUGUCAGGCUUCAGACACUGGUCAAGUUCCAAAGGAGAGUGAAGUCAUGCUGGAGGACCUGAGUCUGUAUGUGUUACUGGUUACUGCACAUGCUCAGUGGGACUAUGAAUUGUGCCGAACUUUAGGUUCAACCCUGACAGAUAAAUGUUUGGUAAAUCAGAGAAGCUCGUUUGUGGUGAGAUCAUCUAAAAAAGAUGAAAAUGUGACAACGUCAGCAACAAUGGAGCGUUUCCUUCUGCUGCUGCCACCUCUCCUGUCGUCUCUGCGCUGCCAUCAGUCACACAGCAGAGCCUCAGGUCCCUUCAGCCUCUUCCCCUGUUCUCUGCAGAGGCAGACUGUUAGUUUGGUGCUGGCCUCCGUGCAGCUGUCUGCUGUAUGGGUGAUGUCCAAGGCACACCAGUUCCUCUCCUCCUGGAGUCUCAAUAAGUUCCUGCUUAUUACACAGGGGGACCUCACAGUGAUGAGGGAGUCAUUAGAGGCGCUGGUGCAUCAGACCAAAUCACUAGUGAUGAAUUCACACAGUGACCAGCAGUCUACUCUACAUACCCACAGCCAGCUCCUCCUGCAGCAGCAGCUGGAAACUCUCGACCGUGCUCGGUCCGCUCUGCAGACCUUCUCUUCUGUGAUGCUGAGGACAUUCUCCAGUGACUGCAAGCAGAGGUCAGGAGAGAUCUUUGAGCACACCAUGCCUCCUGCUGUACACUGGAAGCCCAGCCACAGGACAGGUUUUCCCAACAGUCCCAGUGAAUAUGCAGCUCUGGCAGCUCAAACUGUGAUUGGUCAAGUGUUAGAGGGUGUGGCUCCUCUAUCUGAUGAUGCACGAGUCCAAGCGUUGAGUAUAACGAUGACAGCGUUCAUGGAGGCAUGGAUGGAGCACAUCCUGAGACAGAAGAUCAAGUUCAGCGUGCAGGGCGCUCUUCAGCUGAAGCAAGACUUUGACUCUAUUAGAGAAAUGAUCCAGUCUGACCAGUAUGGUCUGUCAGCGGAGCUCCACCAGCAGCUGCUCAGCCUCCGGGUUUUUCAGCAGGUGGACUCAGCAGUGGUGUGUCUGCUCCAGCAGCCGCAGGCUAAACCAUACGUGCAGUCUCGAUCCUGGGAGCCUUUCACGCGCUGCUGUCCGGCUGACAGAAACAGGGACAGCACUGAUGCUGCUGUGGGGAGUAGUAUAGCCAACCUGAGGUGCAUGGAAGGCGAGGACCUGCCUCAGUCUGAUUCCUCAUAUACGCCUACCGACCUCCCUCCAGUAGACCCAUCGACCCCCGCAGAGCCUUACCUCGCUCCAAGCCUGGUGCUGGGUGCAGCUCAGCAGGAGUGGUUGGACCUGAGGAUUCAGACCAGUGUCCGUCGCUGGAGGCUGCCAGGACUGCCCUGCCUGUCCAACUCUGAACACUGAACACACACACGCACACACACACACUUUGAUUUAGUAGCAACAUUUGAAGGAAAUAUCAUGUAAAUACAUAAAAAUAAUUGUUUUAUUUUUGAUAAAUAGACAUGAGGGAGGUUGGCACCGUGGAGCAGGUACAACAUAACAAACCCCAGUCAGACACAAUGGGAAUCACAACAGUGGUUAGAACUUUGCUUGUUAAUUCAGGCUCACAUAUGUUUGAAAUAUGUCAAGUGAAUGAAAUGAUAAUUAAUUUAAAAACAAAAUGCUCGUAUUUUCAGAAAUAUUUCUUUUACCUCUGUUUUUAUAUACCUGAAUAAAUCUGUUUGUAUUCCUUCUCA